AUGGGCGAAGCGGCAGUCGCGUCGCCGCACCGCUCGCCGGUCGACCAGGCGGCGGAGCGCCUGGCACUCGACAAGAACUAUGUCGUGGGGCUGUCUGUCGCGGCGUUCCUCAGCGGCGCGGCGGGCGCGGUGGUGUUCAGCUUCCGCAAACGCCCGCCGCCGGACGUCAAAAAAAAUGCCCUCUUUCCGCCCAAGGCCGCGGCGCCUGUGUAUGUGCCGCAUACGCUCCAGGGAGCCGAGGCGCGUGUGGGACCGGGGUAUAGAGACGAAGAGGCACGAAGCCGCAUUGCAAGUGCGGCCGUGAAAAAGGUGCUGCACAGGGCGGAGCACGGCAACGCGCCGCGCAGCGCUACGGCACCAUUGGGCGAGCCGGCUGCUACCGCGCCGGCUGCCACGGCGGCGUCUGCCACGGCGGCGUCUACCGCCACGCCGCCCGAGUCGGAGCCCGCGCCGCUCUUUGAAGCCGCCAAAAAGGGGCCGUUUGCCAUCUUUCGCGAGAUGAACGCGUCCAUCUUUUCCGCCUUUCGCUCCGACCAGCCCAAAGCACGCCCGAUGCGUGUCGCGGCGCUCCAAGCUGCGCCUCCAUCCGGCGCGCCCCCGUCCAGCGCGACCCCAUCCGGCACGCCUCCGUCCGGCGUGCGCAUCGCGCCGGCAAUGCGCGCCGCCGCGCCGACCGGCGGCCUGAGCGCUCUGCACAAGAACCCCCAAGUGGCCGCCGCUGCGACGCCGCAGCCGACGCCGGAAGAAAGCGCACGCUCGGACGGGCCGCUGCUCGCUUUUGGCGCCUUUUCGCUCGCGACUACAAUCGUCUGCGGCGUGUCGCUUGCCGUCGUGUUUGCGGUGCGCCAAACACUCAACAUCACCUCGGUUGAGGAGUUUGCCGACUACAUGCACGAGCGCAUGCCGCGCCUCGGCCGCCACGGCGCGCUCGCGCCGUACCUCCCGGCCGUGCCGGUGGAGCACGAUGCGAACGACGUGACGAUCGCGCCGCCGGGCGGCGACGUGGGCGAGCGCAUGGAGCGUACCGAGGACCCCGUCGAGUGGGUGCGUCUUGCGCGUCUCCAGCUCGACACGGAGCUGGCAGAGCACCAGGCGCAGCGCGAGGCGCGGCGCCGUAGGCGCGAAAGUGCGAGGCUGGAAUAG